AUGCUAACGCCUUCCAGCGACAUUUGCAAGAUCCUCCUUGCCAUCAUCCUCCCGCCUCUAGGUGUCUUCCUCGAGCGCGGCUGUGGUGCUGACUUCCUAAUCAACAUCCUGCUGACCAUCCUUGGUUACAUUCCGGGUAUCAUCCACGCGCUCUACAUUAUAUUCAAGUCUGCCCGCCUGCCAGUUUUUUAG